CUCAAAUCCAGCCCAAGUUGAAGCCCAGCAGUACAGUAAGCUCCCAGCAGCCAAAACGCCCAGGUCUAGCCGUGCUCCAGUGAAUGCGCGAAGCUUCCAGAUCCGGCCUUCAACUUCCGUCCAAGCUUCAGCCUUCGUUCCAGUCCUCAGCGUCCAGUAAAGGUGGUCUGCUACAGGCCUUCUGCGAGCAACGAGGAACACAUGGGUUGGCUUCCAAGCGAACGACUUCAGGCCUCAAGCUCCUGUCCAGUUCCAGCGUCUGCUUCAAGCUCGAGGUUCAAUCCAGCGGCGGACGAGCCCAGCUAUGUUGACGGCUUUCCAGUCCUUCAAUCGAUGGCGGAUGAGGCACCUAGCCCCUGCGAAUGGGAUUCCAGAUCCCGGCCUCAAGCUCAGCAAACCAGCGACGAACGGCGAGCACCCAAGCGACCGGCGGCUCCGGCGACUGGUUCUGGCGAGCGAAUUUCUGCGGCGGAGAGCUUCCAGCUGACUUGCGCAGCAACCAGCUUCCCAAGCAACUUCCCACGGAAGGAUUUGGGGCACAAAAAACACCAACGAUGGCUUCAGACUGCGAAUCUACGGGCUUAGGAGCUGGAGACCUCCCAGACCUCGAAUCGGCGGCGGACGGCGGUCAAGUUGGUCAAAGAUACAUUUAGAAGUCAUUUCGCAAUACUGUUUUUCAGUUUAUCAGACUUAUCAAUUAUGUUUUUCACCAAACAUGUAGUUUCUGCUUUCUCAGGUUGAAUUCUUAAAUAAGCAGAAAAACUAAGAUUGAAGUUACUUUUUUGGUUGUAUGAGUGAAGUUACUACUUCAUAUAAUCAUUUUAACUAUU